CUCGCAAGGGCUAAGAUUGGAUUCGUUCGGUGUGUCAGAAACGUAGUGUAGUGUCGAUUUUCACGGACUAUUCGACUCGGUGAAAGUGGUUAUUUUUUUUGUGGUGCUACAUCUUCGAGGUGGCUUCAACGUUCAGUGGAGGGUGGGGUGUUUAUAUUUUUUUCUUUCUCCCGCUCACCAUCACCAUCAUCCCCCCUUACUCGGGCGUGUUGUUUCGCCAAUUCCCCAGACAUUCGGUCGGUGGCUGUCGUGUAGUUUUCGCGCGUAUCUUUUCGCAACCAACAGCAUAGAACCCCGUUCAGAUGAUUGAGGAAAACUCCCUCGGCGUCUUUCACUUUUUUUCGGUUAGUGCGUACGUGUUUGAAAUGUGGAAUUGGCGGCUCGGUGAAAACGUAUUUUGAAUGAUCUCGUAUUUUCGUACACCCGUUUUCUUCGGCGGAAGGCGUCAGCAAUUUUCGCACCAAACUCGUAUCCCCAAGGCGCUUUUCUGCACAGACAACGUUUUUUUUCUGCCCUAUUUUGAUUCGUGAGACGAAGUUUGAUGGAAUGAAGAAGCCGGAACAAACGCACUGCCAUUGAGGAUUACCUGCCAUUCAUAUCGAGAAGGAACCGAAAGGAUUACUCAUACUUUGUACGGAUCACGGAACACAUUGGUUGACACAAUCGAGGUGGGGAAAACACCAACAUCACGAAACACCUGAAAAAGAAGAAGAAGAAAAAACAAGGAUUACGCGGUUCUUCGGUUGAGCUGUGAAUGAGUUUCUAUUUUUUUACAUCUCUUACGGUGUGGAGGUGGUUUGUUUUAUGGUGGCACCUGAAGGUGUAGUUUUAAAGCUUUUUGAUGAUUUUCAUCCCCCCUUACUCGAAGGUUUUUCCUCAAGCGAGGGUGGAAUUAUAGUGAAGUCGAGCGAAAAAGUUUAUUGCUCAGUCAAAUUCAAAUAUUAAAACGAGAAGAAGUGGCCAGAAAAAAGUACACCAAACUGGUGAUUCAUACCUCUGUGAGUGUUUAACGAAAGAAAAAGUAUUAAAGCUAGAUUAAGUUGCAAUAGUGAUUAAGGUACCAGUGAGCACUUUUCUCUGCACGGAUACAGAAUCAAGCCAAUAAGGAAACAGCGAAGGAAACAUAAAAAACCCAAGGAUAACCGCCACUAAGGAUUACGGUGCUUACUUUUGAGAAUGAAAAAAAACGGCAAAUGGUGAAGAUUCCGAUCGAUGACAGCUCAAGCGAAAAAAAAAGAAAAGCCAAACCGAAACGAGUGAACCCCAAGCCCGAGGAUUAGUGCAUGUGUGGAUAGUGAUUUGCGAUUAGUGACAAGUGAGAAGAGCAAUUAAGCCAAAGAGGAUUAAGGCAUCAUAACUUUAAAUAACUGCCAAGCCAAUCAAGUCCCAAGUGAAAUGAAUCGUUCCCGCUGCUGCUGUCAUCGUCCGGACACCUUCUCCCUUGCUUGCUUCUGAUGAAAGCGGCUAGCAGUGCUGCCAAACAACAAACUCUAGCAGCUGCCAAGUGUCACCGGCCGAAGGCGUCACUCGAUUGGGACACACCAAGUACCGGAACGGGAACAAUUCGUCGGAAAUCUUCUGCAACAACGGUGGACAAAAUUCCGACCAAUGCAGAUCGGCAACAAAGCGACCAUGCCAGGGGUCAGGAGCCAUCAGCUGGCUGCGUUAGUCCUGGUCCAGCGGACAAGCAGACAGGUUUUCCUAAUCGAGGAAACGUAAGUGCCGUUGCCACGGGAAGACAGUCGAAAAUUGCCGUCCUGCGACAGCAACAGCAACAGCAGAAGAUUGCUGGAGGUGACAAAAAAUCACCCAAAAGUCCACCCGGGUCGAAAAUUUCCGUCUUUCAGAAAACAAGCAAUCUGCUCAGUAAAACAACGACGACAGUCACGGCCGACAAUAAACAGGGGAAUCAACAAAAACUUAAAAACAACAUAAUCCCCCAGAAAAAGCUAGUCAAACAGCAAUCAGACGUGGCCGUAACGGAAAAGUUGAGUGGCGAAUCAGGGGAAGGCGUUCAAGCCGGGAGGGAGAAGAAGAAAGUCUCCUUCAUCCCCAGUCUGGCAACCGCGGAGGGUGUGGGUGGAAUCAAAUCGAGCACGGUGAAAGCGAUUGUUCGUUCCCGGAUUAACAGUGACAGCGGAGCGAAGUUUAAAGAACUUUACCGGGAUUUCCCGGCAACUCAGUACGCGUCAACUGGCUGCCUGUCAGAGAACGAUCAAAGUAAUCCAGGUCCACCACCAUUGCCGCCAUACCGUGAGCCACCUCCGCCGCCGCCUACUUUGACUAGCGUUAAGGUGGAAGUCCUACAGCAGCAACAACAGGAUUUAAUUUCAAUGGAGCAGCCAGCGGGAAAAAAUGAAGACAUCCAAAGUCAUCCCUCCAAGCCAUCCAAGCUCAAAGCGUUCGGUUUGGGAAAAUUGAUGUCGGGCACAGGGGCAACACAGAAGGGCAACAACUAUGUCACACUGCCACCAUCGCCAAAAAUGAGUAAAAUGUCUUCCAAAGAGAGCGUGUCUGGAGGAACUCCUCCACCUACUCCUGCACCGGAAGACGCAUCUCCGGCCAGAAGCACCCCAGACCUCAAGCAACCUUCGCCCGACGACAUUCUUACGAAGCCGGAAUUUUCUUCCCUGGUUUUGAGAAAUCUACCGGUGCGUCAGAAAAAAGGGGCCGUACCUCAUUUGGAAAAUUAUUGCCUAUUUGAUCCUUCCGUUGACUUUUUCAACGAGAAAGAACACAAAAUGAGACCCAUCCCCGAGACAGUGGAACUGGCCGAUCCCGUCCUGUAUCAGAAUCCCUUGAUUUACGAUGCAGUUGACCGUGAUUCGGAUAAUUAUUUCACCAUCGAGCCCGAAUCAUACGACGUGGAAGCCCGGAAUCGUCUUUCGCUCGAGAAAGUGGAAGAAAAAAUCGAUGAAAUCUUCAAUAAAACCUCGCGCACUUCGUCCUCCUCGAGUGGAUCCAGUCCGGACUACCCGUCGAUGGUGAAUUCCGUCAUCGAGACUCCCUCGUCCAAUUUGGAAUCAACCGAUGAAAGUGAUUACGGCUUCCGGAACCGCCUAAUUGGCCAGCUGCAGCAGGUUGUCCCGAAAUCGAUAUCCGGUGGUGCAAUCAGCGGAUCCGAAGACCAAAGCCAAGAAUCGUCCUACUACGGCGUGGUAACGAAAACAGCUGUCAGUCAGCUUCAACUGCUCCGUCAACAGCUCCACAUGAAAUCGGCCUCUCUUCCCAACUCUCCCCUGCUUAAGCAGAGAAAAUCGGAUGAAUCAUCACCAUCCUCAUCUCCCCCAUCAACUCAAGCACUUCCUACAGCAACUGGCCCGGAACCGGCCCAAGACACUUCUUCCCCUAUCGCUAGUCCACCGCCACCUGCCCCAUGUACCUCCCACGCAUCACUGCCAUCCUCACCGAAAACGUUCACCAAAAUAAAAUCCCUCGCGGCACCCGGACCAGCGACGCCCAGCACUAGACUGCACUUUCUGCCCCUGUUGUCCCAUCUCGAAGCGCUCAAAUCUAGUGUUUCACUUCCGCAUCUGCAGCGACCAGGUACCGGAGCCAUCAGCAAACAACAGUCAACUGGCAGCACUGCCCCGCCCAUCUUCAACCGAUUGCGCAAACAGCGGCCCCUUUCCAGCCACAGCGAUGCCGAUAGUGGCUUCCUGAGUCCGGUCACUCCGCCCGAUUCCGGCGGCAUUCAGAGUCAGCUGUUGCUGGUUGCCGCAGCCGCAGUCGAGCAGAUUUCCUGCUCCGAAGCGCAGUCCUGUGGCAAUAGAACUGGCAACAACAGUAGCAAUAGCAAUAGCAACAGCACCAGCAGCAGUGAAGUGAUCGUUUUGGAACAGUGCGACAGCAUCCAGGAGCUGAUUCAGAUCUACACCGACUGGGCCAACUAUUACCUCGAGCGGGCUAAAUCGAAGCGCAAGGUUUCGGACCUGUCAGCGGAUUGCCGGGAUGGGCUUCUGCUGGCCGAGGUCAUCGAAGCGGUGACCACAUUCAAAGUACCUGAUCUGGCCAAGAAACCGAAAACGCCUCAACACAUGUACGACAACGUCAAUUCCUGUCUCACCGUUCUGAGACAGCACCAGGUUGGCGGACUCGAGUCGGUCACCCCGAACGACAUCUGCAGUGGUCGGCUGAAAGCUGUUCUGUCGCUGUUUUUUGCUCUAAGUCGCUACAAACAGGCGACCAAGCAAAAGUCGACCUCGGCGGUUUCUGGAGCAGUUUCGUCGACCAACGCCACAGGUGGCAGCACUGGCAAUUCGCAUCUUAUUCACCACCAGCAACAAGCGUCAUCGCAACAACAACAGCAACAGACCAAAGUUGAAAUCCAUGCACCACCAGCCGACAUGACGAAUCGGUAA